UCCUCGCCGAGGAGCCGCGCGGCUUCGCUGCCGCUGUAGUGCCCUGGGCUGGCCGCGGUCAGCGGCGCCCGAGGUCACUGGUGCCGGUGCCCAGGCGCCGCCGGCUUUGGCCUCCAGCCCCGCGAGCCCUAUCCCUAUAGUGCAGCGCGCCCGGCAGGACCAGCCGCCGCCAGGCUCUGAUGCUGGUCUCUGGUAGAAGGCGGCUACUCACAGCUCUUCUGCAGGCUCAGAAGUGGCCCUUUCAACCCUCCAGAGACAUGAGACUGGUGCAGUUUCAGGCACCCCACCUGGUGGGGCCUCACCUGGGCCUGGAGUCGGGGAAUGGUGGGGGGGUCAUCGACCUCAAUGCCUUUGACCCCACGCUCCCCAAGACAAUGACGCAGUUCUUGGAGCAGGGAGAGGCCUCGCUCUCAGUGGCAAGAAGAGCCCUGGCUGCCCAGUUGCCAGUCCUACCACGGUCAGAGGUGACCUUCCUGGCCCCAGUCACGCGGCCAGACAAGGUGGUGUGUGUGGGCAUGAAUUAUGUGGACCACUGCAAAGAACAGAACGUGCCUGUGCCCAAGGAGCCCAUCAUCUUCAGCAAGUUUGCCAGCUCCAUCGUGGGGCCUUACGAUGAGGUUGUCCUCCCACCCGAGAGCCAGGAGGUGGACUGGGAGGUGGAGCUGGCCGUGGUCAUUGGGAAGAAGGGCAAGCACAUCAAGGCCACAGAUGCCAUGGCUCAUGUGGCCGGCUUCACUGUGGCUCAUGACGUGAGUGCUCGUGACUGGCAAAUGAGACGCAAUGGGAAGCAGUGGCUGCUGGGAAAAACCUUCGACACCUUCUGCCCCCUGGGCCCUGCCUUGGUGACCAAAGACAGUGUAGCAGAUCCACACAACUUAAAGAUUUGCUGCCGAGUGAAUGGGGAGGUGGUCCAGAGCAGCAACACCAACCAGAUGGUGUUUAAGACAGAAGCGCUGAUAGCCUGGGUCUCCCAGUUUGUCACUUUUUACCCAGGGGACAUCAUCCUGACUGGGACCCCCCCAGGUGUUGGUGUAUUCAGGAAACCCCCUGUCUUUCUCAAGAAGGGAGAUGAAGUCCAGUGUGAGAUCGAAGAACUAGGCGUCAUUGUCAACAAGGUGGUGUGAUGGCUCCUGCACAGGCCCUGGACUUAGGACAAGAUGGGGGCAUGCACUCCCACUCAGCCCAGCACAGGGAAAGGCCCAAUGCCAGGCGCGGGCAGGUGCCAGCCCCGUCAAGGCUCCUCUUCUAGGUAGAAAGGGGAAAGAGUUCUCAAUAAAUUUGUCAAGCUAGAGCAGCA